AUGGCGAUUCGACUCAAAAGCAAGGAUCUCUAAACAUUGAAAACCAAACUCAUAGAAAAGCUAGAUUAGUCUUUUGCUGCAGUCUAAUAAUUAGAAUAUGAGAGAAAGCCUGCUCUGAAAGUAGACGAAGUUAUUCAAAAUUCAAUUAAGUCGUUACUCAUGCUCAUAAAGACUUAAAUUGGAGGCAACUUUUUAUUCUUCAAGAUUAUAGAGUAAAUAGUGAAUCUGUCAGGAGUAGAUAAUAAAGACCUGCUUAGCGAGAUUAUUAAAGCAUAGAAUAUUUAAUCUUCUGUUGAUUACUAUGAAGAUACUUCAAAUUCAAAUCAAGAUACUACACAAUCAAUAGAUAACAGGAUAGCUAACAUUGCCUAUCAACAUGUGUUUGAGAUAUCGAUUGCAUAAAGCGUAUCUUUACCUUCUGCUCAAUUUAAGAACCAGAGAGGACAAUCAAAGUAGAGAUCACCAAACAAUCGAUAUGGCAAUGAGCAAACAGGCACAUUGUCUCAGAUAAAUCUAACACCAUUGCAAUAGUUGCAACAAGAUGAUGAUUUGCUUGAUCAAUACUCCAAGAAUAAUGAUCAAUUUACAACAAAAACUGAAGGCAAUGAGGAUUAGUUAUUGAGCAAGAUGAAGGAAAUUGAGGAAUUGGUGAAAAGCUUAAAACCACAAGAUAGGUUAAUAGAUGAGUUAAAAGAGUAGAAUUAGCUAUUAUUGAACAAAAUAAAUGAAUGUAAUGAGAAAACUUAGGAAUCAUUGGCAAAGCAGAAUGAAAUGCAAGAUUUACUAAGCAAUUAAAGUCAGUAGAUUCAAGAAUUGCUAUCACGGCCUGUUAAUAUUCAAAAAGAUUUGGAGUUUGAUAAUUUGUCUAAAAGUGUACAGAUUCAUACUGUUACUAGGAUAAAUCAAAAGGAUUAUCACGGCUAAUCUAGUAAAUCUAGAACAAACUCAAACUUUUCAGCAAAUAGAAGCCAAUUAAAUGGGGGAUAAACAGGAGAAACUUUGACUAAUAAAAACUCCAAUUAGCAAUAGUUCAGUAAUAUUAAAAUGGGAGAUUACUAAGAAGACCUAGAUUAUACAAAUGAUUACCCAUAAUAUUAGACAACCAGUAAUACUUCGGAAUAAAAUAGGAAAAACUCAAAUAGAGGUGGAACAGCAAGUGAAAAUAAUUCUAGGAGUAGAUUUAGCUCAAACUACUAAGAAUUAGAAAAGUAAGAAGAUACAGAAAGCAUAAUACUCAAAAAUGUAAAAGUAUAGAUUCAAGAGCAAGAGAGUAGUCUUGGUAGGUAAUAAGUACAAAAAAAUGAUUAAGAUAUUAGGGAGAGUCAGAAACUGGAAGAAACAAGAGCUUCAAUGUAUGAUAAGAGAAUUCUCAACUAGCCAUCAGCUUAUGAUAAGGAAAAAAAUCUAUUCGACUUGGACCACUCAGUUUAGCUAAAUCCUUAACAAACUAAUGUGAAAGAUUUAGUAGCAUCUUCAACUCAUAGUAUUGCAGCUUCUUUGUAAGGUAAUCAAGAGUAAUCAUCGCAAAACAAUAAUAAUGAAGAGGAAUACAAAACAGAAGAUCAAAUUGAUUAUUUUGAUAAGGAUUAAGAAGACGAGGAAGUUAAGAUAGAAUUGGAGAGGCAAGAUUAUGUAGAUGACAAUGACAAUUUGUUUAUAAAUAGUAGAACUAAUGGCUUGCAAUCAUCUUAAAUAAGAUCAGGUUCGAUUCGCUAGAAUAAUUUGCUGAAUGAAAUUCAAAAAAUAGAAAAAGAAGAAAAUGAGUAUGGAAGAGACAUAAAGAAUUAAAAUAUUCCAGAGAUACCUAGAUAAAACCAUAGCUCAUUAAAGAAUUAAUAAAAUCUAAGCAAGGAUAAGAAAUAGACAGUCAUCUUCUAUAAUGAGUUAGAUUAGAGUAUUUUGAUAGGCUAAAAUGAUACGAACACUCUGGUCUUUGAUGAAAAUCUGGAUUUCAAAUUUAAUGUUGAUCUGGGAGGUGAAUUAAUUUCCAUAUUCCCAUUUGAAGAAUAAAUCUACUGCGGAUUGAAUAAUAAUUACAUUGUGAGAGUAGACAAAGAUAACAUAAAAGGUGAGAAGAAAAAACUGGCAACUAGGGAAGUAGUCCAGAAAAUUCUACAUUUUUACUAUGAAGAAUAAACUAAUAAUGAUUUGAUAGAGUAUCUGGUCCUACUAGAGAAGGAUGGACAUAUUGAGUUCUUAGAUAUUUCAACAUUCACCAUUGUCUAUUAAUACUAGCACACUUGCAAACUUAGCAUAUAGGAUGGUGUUUAAAUUGUGGAUAGAAACGAAUUGUGUUUGGGUUUCGCUCAUCUCAGUGAUGGAAGUUACAAGGAUGGAAAACUAGCAUUUGUCAAGGUUAAUCUUACCAAUUCUCCGUCUGGCUAGCUGAUUCGUAUGUUUAAUUAAUCACAGCAUAGCACUGGCACCAAGAAGUAUGAUAUUAGCAUAACUGAAUUGAGUGCUUAGGACUAAGUAGCGGGAAAGGCUGUAUUUAAUGUUCGCUAGAUCAGUGCAAACCAAUUCAUAUUUACCAUUAUUGAAAAGAAUUUCAAGCUCUAUAACAGAUAGAAGGGCUUUAUAACAGACAUACCGAAUCCAUCUAAGAGUAUAAACUACAACAGUUUAAUACCUAUUGACGGAUUCUGCUAGGAGCAUCCAUAUCUCAUAUACAAGGACUCUAGAUCAAUUGGAGUAAUUGAUUGUCUGACUUAUGAAGCUAAGAUAAUUGAUAGUGAAGUAAAUUACUCAAGGUGUGGCAAUCUAUAUAGUUUGGAGUAGUAUAGAGAUUAAAAAGAUAGCCUAAAUUUGCUUACUUUCAUCUUCGAUAGAAGCAAUAAUGAUAGAAAGAUAAAAAGUAUUAUAGUAAGGAUAUGA